AUGAAAAUGCUUGAAUGGCCUUUUUGUGUGAGGCUUAUUAUUGGUCCACCGUCCAUCGGUGCUAGAAUAAGAGGCUCUGCUGUACAAAAUGAAUUAAUCGUAGCCUCACUUACUGAACUCAAGCCUCUCUUGCUAAGUCGAAAAUACGCUUCAAAAGAGCUUGCUGACAGCGACGAUGCUGAUGUGUUAUCGAUAGUUCGUUCUUCAUCAUCUAAGUCAAAGAAGCUGUCAAGAAUGGACAAGUUGGAAUAA